AUGAAUGAUAUCUUGGCAACUGUUUGGUCGAGAAUAGCUCCUCUGCCGGAGGAUAAAAAGGUCAGGCUCUUCGAGCGAAUUAAAAAUUCAGCGAUUGAACUGCCUGUUGAUGAGAAAUUGAAGCUCCUUCCAUCGGUUCAAAACCCAAAACAUCUAAAUUCUGAGCAGUAUUUGAUCCCAGCAUCCUACGAAGAGUGGGAAAAGAACAGAACGUUUCUCAGCGCUUCAGUAAAAAUCUUCGGCGCUGGAUUCUUCGUCACCGCGCUCGCCACUUCCGUCUUCAAGCGAUACAUCCAAAAGAGCCUCAAUUACUCCCAACAAGUCAAGUUCAAAGGAGGCUUUAAUACAACUCUUUUCUCCGCGACGAUGAUUUGUUCCUGGCCGAUCAUUUUCACUCAAGCUGGAGUUGUUAAUUAUUUGGUCAAUAGAGAGUUCGUCGACGCUUCAUUUCCGUCUUUUGUGAUGCGCGAAUUAGGAAAAGAUAAUUUUUGGAACUUUGAAAUAACCAAAAAAGACCAAGAAGAUUAUUUCAAAGAACAUCCAGAAGAACUCGACGAUCGAAUUUUAAAACUUUUCGAAAAUGAUGGAAAAAUCUAUCACAUCCAUGAUUUUGUUGGGAAAGAUAUGAAAUCGUUGGAAUUUAUUGUUAAAUCUCCCCUGCUUUGCGAACUGAUUUCUAACCACACUGAAGAGUUUAUUUUGGCGAAAAAAUAA